GGUCUGGGCAAGGAUAUUCCAUUCCUCUCUCUGGGGCUGUGUUGUUAUCUCAUUCUCACUAGGAGAAUUUUAAAAGGGAAACUUUUCGGGGAAGGUCUGGUGGGUGGGGCUGAGGAGCAGAGAGGGUUUACUGGGGGUUUUUAGGGUCACUUAAACAAGAAGGCUUGCCUGGUGCUCCUCUGGGGAGAGCACAGAUAUGCCUCUUUCCUCCUAGAAGACCACCCAGAGUCUCGACCCCUGGACAUGGGAACUUUUAGAUUGCCAGAUGCGCUUCUACCCUUGUUUCUGGCCGUGAACUGACUGAUUUUGGUGACUUUGCAAGCUUAAUUUGGGGGAAAAUUUAGAAGAGAAUGAAAAAAAGGAAAAGCUGUUAUUCUGAAGGGCAGCAGGAGAGAAGACUGGAAGCAGGAACUGGAGGAGUAGCUAAGCUGUAAGACUCUAACUAGGCCUUGUGGGUCCCUCUGCUCGGCCCUGCUGCAGGAUCUCACUGAGGCUUUAGCACCUUCUGAGCCCCAGCAGCCCAGGAAAAAAAGCAGUGCCUUCAGAUUAAUUGUAAAUUAAGUUUAAUCACAAGAUAAUACCAUGCAGGAUGGCAAGAAGAGCCAUUUGUUCCUCUGGAUGGAACACUAUGGAUAUAGCAGCUAUGAAACAAGUAAACAGACAACAGACACUAAUGGAAGCAGUUUCCCAUAUCCAGAUGGAAAAAAAUCAACAAGUUAUGAGAAGCCCGUCAGUGGAAAAGCAUAUAUAAGUGAUUCGACAUCAUAUGCCUCUAAGAGAGUUUUGAGCAGCAGAACAUAUAUAAAUGAUUCGACAUUAUAUGGCCCUGAGAGCGUUUCGAGCAACAGCACAACCCUAUAUGAACUGAAUUCCUCGAGUGAAGGGUCGAAAGAAAUCAUUAUCCAGAAAGAAUCUGCUUUUCUACGUGAUAAAGAAGCUACCAGUGAACUCCAAGUUCCAAGUAUACUGCAAACACAGUCAUCGGUGUCCGCCAACACUCUCUCCUCAUUUGAUUCACCAUCAGAAGAAGUCCAGGAAGAGCAAAUCAACAAAUGCAAGUUAAACCAGAUGUCCAAGUUGUAUGACGAGGAUGAACUUAUUGAUAUUCGCAAGUCAUACAGGAACAUAGUUAAAAGAUUUGUGCAUUUCCUUGUGUCCUCGGUUGCCUUCAGAAUAUUUGGAGUUUUCCUGAUCUUUCUGGAUAUAUUUCUUGUGGCUGUCGAUCUACAUGCCACUGAAAGCAAAAUUUAUAUUCCUCUUGAAUUUCGUUCCAUUUCUUUAGCUAUUGCUUUAUUUUUCCUCGUAGACGUUCUUCUUCGAGUGUAUGUAGAAGGGAGACAGCGGUAUUUCUCCGAUGUACUGAAUACCCUAGAUGCUGUGGUCAUCGGCGUGACGGUGUUUGUGGCUGUCAUCUAUGCACUUUAUGACAAACCCUUUCUCAGAGCUAUCCCAAGACUGGCAAUUUUACUUCGGCCUCUACGACUGCUCAUUCUGGUAAGAAUUUUGCAACUGGCUCAUCAAAAGAGACAACUUGAAAAGCUGACUAGACACCUGGUUUCGGGGAACAAGCGACGCUACAGGAAGGAUGGCUUUGACCUUGACCUCACUUACGUCACUGAGCGUAUUAUUGCUAUGUCGUAUCCAUCGUCUGGAAAGGAGUCCUUCUAUAGAAACCCAAUCAAGGAGGUCGCGCGACUCCUCGAUAGCAAGCAUCCAAACCACUAUCAGGUCUACAAUCUAUGCAGUGAGAGAUCUUAUGACCCAAAGUGCUUCCACUACAGGGUCCGCAGAAUCAUGAUUGACGAUCAUAACGUCCCCACUCUUGAGGAAAUGUUGUUGUUCUCCAAGGAAGUAAAUGAUUGGAUGGCUCAAGAUCCUGAAAAUGUUGUCGCAAUUCACUGUAAGGGAGGAAAAGGAAGAACUGGAACCAUGGUGUGUGUCUGCCUCAUUGCCAGUGAAAUAGUUUUGAAUGCAAGGGAAAGUCUGUACUUCUUUGGAGAGCGGCGGACAGAUAAAAGCAGCAGCUCUAAGUUCCAAGGAAUAGAGACCCCUUCUCAGAAUAGAUAUGUUAAAUAUUUUGAAAAACUGAAAACUAACUACCAACUGACUCUCCCUCCAAAAAGAGAACUCGUGAUAAAAAGAUUUGUCGUUUAUUCCAUUCAUGGUGUUGGAAAAGGCAAUGGAAGUGACCUAGAAGUGCAAAUCAUAAUGUGGCAGGAGACAGUUUUUUCCUGUUUUAAUUCCAAGAAUUGUAUGAUAUUUCAUGACCCUGAAUCAGACAGAGUAAUAAUUAAUGUGCUCAACUGUCCAGCUCUAUACAAUGAUGUGAAAGUGAAAUUUCUCUCUCCGAGUCUUCCUAAAUACUAUGAUGACUGCCCAUUUUUCUUCUGGUUUCAUACGUCUUUUAUUCGAAAUAACAGGCUUUAUCUACGAAGAAACGAAUUGGACAAUGCCCAUAAAUCAAAAACAUGGAAAAUUUAUGGUCCAAAGUUUGCAAUAGAGGUGUAUUUUAAUGAGACAAGCUCCCGUUUACAUACUAACUGUUGAAUUAGUGCUGCUCCCCCUCUUGGAUAGAAUCAUGUCCUUCCAGAUCCAUGCUACAUAGUUCUGUCUUCUAACCUAUGUUCUUGAUGGUAUGUCUGUAUUUUAUAUAUAUGUAUAUGUAUAUGUAUGUACAUAUGUUUCUGGGAAGUAUAUUAAAUGUAUACAGGAAAAU